CUAUCCUCCAUGAAUCCCAAGAGGGAAGAUUGUGAAAAAUACCUGAUGGGAAAGGCAGCGGCUGAGUCCAGGCUGAGAUAGGGGUCCAGUCUCUAAAGAGAAAUAACUGGAACUCUAAGCUACAGAAAUGCUGCAACCUGCCUAAAACAACAUUUAGGACUGUCUUCUGAAUUCCUGAAAGUUCCCCUUGCAUUCUUAAUGAACCAUGGACAUCAUUGGCUUUCUGAAAUCUCAGUUCAUUUGCCACCUUCUUAUCUGCUACAUAUUUAUAGUGUCGGGACUGAUAAUUAACUUCAUUCAGCUCUUCACACUUGUCCUCUGGCCGAUCAACAAGCAGCUUUUCAGGAAGAUCAAUUGCAGACUGGCUUACUGCAUUUCAAGCCAGAUGGUGAUGUUGCUGGAAUGGUGGUCAGGCACUGAUUGCACCCUCUACACUGACCCAGAGAGUUACCACAAGUACGGGAAAGAGAAUGCCAUCGUAAUCCUUAAUCACAACUAUGAGAUCGACUUUCUCUGUGGUUGGAACUUUUGUGAAAGGUUUGGGGUUUUAGGGAGUUCCAAAGUGCUUGCAAAAAAGGAACUUUCUUAUGUGCCUAUCAUUGGUUGGAUGUGGUAUUUCCUAGAGAUAGUCUUCUGCAAGCGUAAAUGGGAGGAAGAUCGGAAAACUGUCAUGCAGAGCUUGCUCAAUCUCCGGGAUUACCCUGAAAAAUUUUGGUUCUUGAUACACUGUGAGGGCACGAGAUUCACAGAGCAGAAGCACCAAAUCAGCAUGCAGGUUGCUGAAGCCAAAGGCCUGCCUAAACUCAAGUACCAUCUGCUGCCCCGGACAAAGGGAUUUGCUGUCACCGUGCAAAGUUUGAGAAAUGUAGUGUCAGCUGUGUAUGAUUCUACGCUCAAUUUUAGAAAUAAUGAGAAUCCAACUUUGCUGGGAGUUUUAAAUGGGAAGAAAUACCAUGCAGAUUUAUAUGUAAGACGGAUUCCAUUAGAGGAAGUCCCAGAAGAUGAACAGGAAUGUUCUAAGUGGCUUCACAAACUCUAUCAAGAAAAGGAUGCCUUUCAAGAAGAAUACUACAGAACAGGAGCCUAUCCUGCUACUCCCAUAGUGCCUCCUCGGCGGCCAUGGACUCUUUUGAACUGGCUUUUCUGGGCCUUAUUGCUGCUAUAUCCUUUAUUCCAGCUGCUUAUCAAGAUGGUCAGCAGUGGAUCAUCACUGACGCUGGCUAGUUUUGCUUUUGUCAUCAUUGUGGCUUCUGUUGGUGUCCGAUGGAUGAUAGGAGUGACUGAAAUUAACAAGGGUUCUACCUACGGCAACAAUGACAACAAGCAGAAACAAAUGUAGUAUCUCCAGAGACUGUUUCAAUACCGAGGGAACAAAUGCAACUUCUGAAAACUCUUUACUUGCACAUCAUGCUCUUUCAAGUGAGAGGGGGAGCAUAUCUGAAUUUGUGCUCCCAUUUUGUUUCCUUGGGGCUGGGGCUAGAUUUCAGACUUGCUGAAAGGUGUUCUGCAUCUCACCUCUUCAGAACAGGUUGGCCUUUGUUGGUUUUCAUAUGAAGUGUCUUAUAUUUGGAAGAAAAAACAUCUAGUGGGAUAUUAUAGGUCCACAUGGGAAUUAAUUAACAGUUGGCUGUGGGGGGAUACAAGUUUUUCUCAACAUGCUGUAUGGAAUGGAUCAUAAAGAAAAUUAAAAUGGAAAUUUUGUAUGUCUAGACCAUGUUAUCAGUUUACUGAUGAUAAUUUGUUUCAAUAUACUUUGCUCAAUUAGAGAAAUAUCAAAUUGAACCAGGCCCCCUACAGAAAAUAGGUUUCAGUUGAGCUAUUCCAAUUUAGGUCCUAAUUGUACAAUGAGAUCCACUCAGUCCCUGCACCCAUUAGCUUGAAUUGGACUGAGUAUGUGGGUCUGUUCCUCCAGCUCACACUGCAAGAUUGGGGUCUUUGUGAUGUAACUGGUGGUAGAAUUUGGCCCAGUGAAUUUUGAACAUGGGUCUGGUGUUUAGACAUGACAAACGUACCUAGUACAUCACUGUUCCUUACAAUUACUAAGCAGUUUUGGAUUAGCUUCAGAGCACUGAUGUAUGCAGUGAUUAGACUGAAUACUGUUUACAUUUUGGGAGAGGUAAUAAGAUUAUUUUAGCUUACAAAACACUUAGACAUAUGGGCCUUCAGACAGUGGUAGGAAAGAGGCAGCUGUAUGUCUGUCGUCAAAACAAAGUUAGGGAAUCACUUGCUUUUGUCUCUUCUGAGAAAUAACUACACUUAGCCUCAGAGGGUGCAGCUUAAGACCACUUGAAGCUAGAUGAUUUCCUUAGAUGUUGUUUUCUGGGCAUGCCUUACAUUUCAGAGCCCUAUGGAGUUGACCUAGUUUCCAGUGACCAUAACCUAGCUCUCCUGCCCUUGGGCCAUUUUGGUUUUUAAACAUCAUAACCUGUGGAAAUUUCCUGAUUGAAAAGUUUUUUUGCAACCCAUGAAUACCUGAAGGCCACUAUUCUGUUUUUCUCCCAGAUUUGGGCAUAGUGCAUUUCACCAAGCCACAACUUCUAUCUGUACUAGACAGUGCCAUUUACUAUUGGGACCCCCCUCCCCCACCAAGAGUGUUCUAAAGGGAAUUUGGGGAAAGCCUCUCAAGCAGUUUUAUUUGUAACAGAUAGUGAAACCAUGCAGUGGGAUACUCAAAAGAAACAGGGCUAACAGUGCAAAGAACUCCAUGAAUGAGGUAUUUGCUGUUCAGUAGUUCAAAUCUUCUUUUUAAGAGAAAUAUUUCUAACAGUGAAAGUGAGGGUAGUGCUACUUUUUUUUAGUGGAGGGCCAGUUGCAGGGAACGGGUUUGAAACUUAUGGCUGUUUGUUAGAAAAAUGUGGCAUCUGAAGGAAGGAAUCGGAAUGUCUGAGGCAGAUGAAUUUUGCUCACUUUACUGGUAUACAAUGGCUGAGACAUCAGGAUUUCAUGCUCACACAGCCUUAAAGAGCUCUGAGUAGUAUAGGGACAAGGUCUUUUAAACUCACUGCUAAGGAUAGGGCCUAUGCUUGCAUUCCUGCCAAGCUCACACCAUUCAGUGAAACAAAGAUCCCAUAACUGCAGGCUUUCUUAGGCCUUUUCUACAUCUCAGCAUGGCCACAGCAGUUACUCCAUUUUAGGAGGAUAGAGGCUGCGGGCAUGCUUUUGCCAUAGUACAGUACUGAGGUAGAGAAGGAUAACAGUACUAACCAGAACACUCCACCAUGAGAGAUGCCCGGCCCAAUACAGUACUGUGCAGAAACCCUGUGGCAUGGCAUGGCUUGACUUGACUCGCAACCAUCCCCCAUAAUGCUGCACAGCCCCUUCCUGUCAUUUUGAAAGUGAGGGCAGCAAGAGGAAACUCUGUUCACACCAUCUUACUGGAGCACAAAGUAGGGAGAGGGCCUCACUGCUGAACAGCAAAUGGCUAUUAGGCACGCAACCCUUGUAUUUAUUUUAAUGUUGUUAUAUGAAAAAAUGUUUGUGUGGAGUGUUUUAGUACAUAGCAAUUAUUAUUCUGAGAGAGAGUUAGAGUUACAGUAGAUUAGACUAAAGCACUUAAAUCUGUCUCUUUCAUUCCAUGCACUCCCAGGAGUCCCACUGAUUUUAACUGGGAAUUUUGAAUGCACAAGGACUGGACCUUCCAAAGCUCUACUUAAAUUUAAGUGAUUAUGCUGCCCUUGUUUCUUAAAUCAGCACUGUACCUCUUGUGGCUUUGCUGGAAUGCCUGUAAAAGGUACUUGCCAAAAAAACCCUCUUAUUGUAUUAAAACAGUGACAGUGUCAGACAUCAGUGUUUACUUCCCUCCCCUGAGCAACUGUAUGUUUGUUUUUACAAUGGCCUUAACAAAAGUAGUCUAUUUUUUUGUAUA